AUUAUUUAAAAAAACAGAGAGAAGAGGAGGAGAGAAAGGAGAGAGAAGAGGGGGAGCUGGACUUAACCACUAUAUUAUGUUGAAUCCUACAGUGAAGGGGGAGGGGGGGCGAAAAAAAGGGAGAUCCCAACCCGGCGGAGGAGGGUGGGGGUGGGAGAGGAAAGACACCACCACUGUGAGCGCUGCCGAUACCAGACAAUAGAGGCACAAAGUUACUCUCCGAACUUGGACUUACAAAAAAGUUUUCACGUUCCGUCUCCGCCUUUGAUCCUGUUUACACUCAGCUGCCGAUGGCUGCCGGCUGCAGAGCGGAGCUGUGACUUGUGCCGGAGCGUAAGUAGCCGCUCGGGUGGGUUUAUACAUCCAUGAUUGGUGCUUCUCUCGCGGUCUCUCCGUCCAGGUCUAUGCGGUCGCUUUGUACAAGUCCGAUGAUUUAGAUCGGGGAGGGGGAAAGGCCACCAUGUCGAUGCUGCCCACUUUUGGAUUCACCCAAGAGCAAGUGGCCUGCGUCUGCGAAGUGCUCCAGCAGGGGGGCAACAUAGAAAGGCUGGGGCGGUUCCUCUGGUCCCUACCUGCCUGCGAGCACCUCCACAAGAACGAGAGCGUCCUCAAGGCCAAGGCCGUGGUGGCUUUCCACCGGGGCAACUUCCGCGAGCUCUACAAGAUCCUGGAGAGCCACCAGUUCUCCGCUCACAACCACCCCAAGCUCCAGCAGCUCUGGCUCAAGGCGCACUACAUCGAGGCGGAGAAGCUGCGGGGGCGACCCCUAGGGGCAGUGGGCAAGUACCGGGUCCGCAGAAAGUUCCCCCUGCCCCGCUCCAUCUGGGACGGCGAGGAAACCAGCUACUGCUUUAAGGAGAAGAGCCGGAGCGUGCUGCGGGAAUGGUAUGCCCACAACCCCUACCCGUCCCCUCGGGAGAAGAGGGAGCUGGCCGAGGCGACCGGGCUCACCACCACCCAAGUCAGCAACUGGUUUAAAAACAGGAGGCAACGCGACCGUGCUGCUGAGGCCAAGGAAAGGGAAAACAACGAGAAUUCCAACUCCAACAGCCACAAUCCGCUCUCAGCCUCAAUGAACGGGAAUAAGACAGUUUUGGGCAGCUCAGAAGACGAGAAGACGCCGUCAGGGACCCCUGAUCACACUUCUUCCAGCCCAGCUUUACUGCUCAAUUCGAACCCAGGCCUACAGCCGCUCCACGGCUUGGGUCACCCCCAAGGUCCUAGCGCCAUUCCGGUACCCAGUGCGGACCCUAUGCACCAUCAUAGUUUGCAGGACUCCAUUCUCAACCCCAUGUCCUCCAACUUGGUCGACCUUGGGUCUUAAAACUAUUUACACGCUCCCCUCACCACAGCCCUUCGUGUUUUUUUUUUUUAAUCUCAUUUGAAACUUUUAAAGUGAUGACACACUCAUUAGUGGAUCUGUUGUCCCUCUUUGGAUGGCUGGCUGGCUGGCUGUUGCUGUUUGGAAGGUACUGUACUAGACUGUAUGCAGUUCUGUUGUGACAAAGUCUUAAGGGUUGUGCAAAGCUGGUUUCAGACAUAUGGACUGUUCGAUAGGACAGGACUUGUGAUUUAAGCAUAGUGCUAAUAUGGUUCUAUGUAGUAACUAUUUUUUCCAACCUUAACUUCACAGAUCUCUUGGAAUUUUAAUUGAGCAGUCUUGUCUGUGUAUGAUAAGACACCUUGUAUUUCGGGGGAGCGUACGGUUGCUGUUUACAUGCCUCCUUGGAAGACACCCAUCGCUCCCGUUAUCCUAUUGUGUAGUUAUAUAUCCGUGGCAGGUGUACAAUGUACAAUUACAACUAAGAAUACAACCGUUUUAGUCAAGUUAUAGCAGCAACACGCGCUCUGGGUAGACUCUGUAACUUCCUUGUAGCUGACGCUGUGCAGAGAGCCAGCUUCUUUCGCCUUGUCCGUGUGGUGCUUUCGCCAUUUGUUGGGUAGGAAAGGAACUAGUGGCCCGAUCCUCGCCCCCAGCUGAAGUCAAUGCUAAAUUAUCCCAUCGACCUCAAACGGGGGAAGACGUGGGCCCUAAAAAAUUGCUGCUCAUUUUUAGACCUAAACUACCGUAUCAACCGCGAGUCACUCGACUUUAGUUUUGUUUAUAUUAUGUGAAUACGUUCUUUGGGAAAUAUUUCUGCUUUUAUUUUAUAAUAAAAUUUAGAAAUCUA